UGGUCUCGAACUCCCAAGUGCCAGUUUCAGCUUCCCAAAGUGCUGGGAUUAUAGGCAUGAGCCACUGUGCCCUGCCCUUGUCUGUUGUUUUAUAUUUGGUAACAACUGUGAGCAAUCUCUUAGCUGAUAUGAGGAGUGGAAAAAUACCUUGCCUAUCAGUUCCAGUUCCAUCACCAGUUAAUCGGCUGUGUGAUCUUGGAGCCCUAGACAGCAUAGUAAACAGAGACCAUGAAAGGUAAAAGAAUCACCCACUCCAGCUUCUUCAUUUUAUGGUUGAGGUAAGGAGAUCCAGGGAGGUGAGGUGAUUUUUUUUUUAAAGGGUGCACAGCUGGGUGGUUAUAAAGCACAGCUUAGAGCCUGGAUCUCUAGUUAGCGCUUUUUCUCCUCAUUUAUUUAUUUUCUCAUCAUUUAUUUAAUAAGGGUAAGUAAUGCUUGAUUUACUUUAUAGGAUUCUUGAGUUGAUCAAAUGAAAUAAUAGAUGUGAAAUCUCGUUCAGUUGGGUAGAACUUAAAAAAAGAAAGCAAGAGGAAGGAAACAGAAUUGUAGGGACAGACAGAGGAGAAAGAAAAGAAUGAAGCAUUGCAUGUGUUUAUGAAAGGGAUAGUAACAAGUACCACCAGUGGCCAUACUUUAAAAAAAAAUAGCCACUUAUUCCUUGUAAGAUCUGUCCAUGGCUCAGGUUUUCUUGCUGAUCCCUCCCUCUCUUCCAUUCUUCCCAUUCUCUUUUUUCUUAGUUUCUUUUCCCCUCCCUCCCUUCCUUUCUUUGUUAAAUUGAGUAAUCAUGCUUUUAAUGAUUAAAGAGAAAAUUAUAAUAUAUCUUGCAAGGAUUAUGUGACUUUCUUUCCUUGGUAUUUAUAUUUACUGAUAAUAUUUAUUAAUGUGUAUUAACAACCUUUGUUAUUGUUAAAGGGCAAUAAUCUGAUGGCUUUGGCAGAAGCAACAAUUGCUCUUGCAGAAAUGUUAGAAUUGAAAGCAGAUCCCAAUGGUCCAGUGGAAGGAACAGUAAUAGAGUCUUUCACAGACAAAGGAAGAGGUCCUGUUACUACAGCUAUAAUUCAAAGAGGAACUUUAAGAAAAGGCUGUGUUCUGGUUGCUGGAAAUUGUUGGGCAAAAGUACGCUUAAUGUUUGAUGAAAAUGGAAAAACAAUCCAUGAGGCCCAUCCCAGCAUGCCAGUGGGAAUUACAGGCUGGAGAGACCUUCCUUCUGCAGGAGAAGAAAUUCUUGAAGUAGAAUCUGAGCCAAGGGCACGUGAAGUUGUUGACUGGAGGAAGUAUGAACAAGAACAGGAGAAAGGUAAAGAGGAUCUGAAAAUAAUAGAAGAAAAGCGAAAGGAACACCAAGAAGCAUAUCGGAAAGCCCGUGAGAAGUAUAGCAAUCUGCAGUGGAAGAAGAGGUCAUAUCUACAGUAUUUAGAAAGAAAAGAACAAACAUCCUUAAAGCCAAAAGAGAAAAUGGAAAGAGAUUCAAAUGUACUUCCUGUGAUUAUUAAAGGUAUCUUUUUAAAGAUUUUACAUUACAUUCUUUGAAUAUAUAUAUAUAUAUAU